AUGAAUACGAGGAAAUCCACUUUAAGAUUUGUUUUCGUCCUCCUCUCCCUUCUCCUAGUACUGAAGUCUACCGUUGCUACAGAGGUUGAGGAUGAGUUGGAGGAGCUGUUAGCAGUGGACGAGGAAGUAGAGCGUGAAGCCGAGGGCGGUGUUGAGAAAUUAUCAGAAGCAGAGGCUUUAAGCAAAGCCCAAAGGAUCGUUGUUGAGCUCAACAACGACAACACAGAGAGGGUUGUUAAUGGGAACGAGUUUGUUCUGGUUCUGGGGUAUGCACCUUGGUGUCCAAGGAGUGCUGAGCUCAUGCCCCAUUUUGCAGAGUCUGCAACUUCUCUGAGGGAAUUGGGAACCCCUCUUCUUAUGGCCAAACUUGAUGCCGACAGGUUUCCCAAGCCUGCAUCUUUCCUCGGUGUCAAAGGCUUCCCCACUUUGCUUCUCUUUGUCAAUGGCACCUCUCAGCCUUACUCUGGUGGUUUUACCGCGGAUGAUAUAGUGAUAUGGGUAAGAAAAAAGACUGGUACACCUGUUAUUCGGCUAAGUUCAGUUGUAGAGGCAGAGGAGUUUCUGAGAAAGUAUCAAACGUUUCUCCUUGGUCAGUUUGAUAAAUUUCAGGGACCUGAUUAUGAAGAAUUUGUGAGUGCUGCAAAGUAUGACAACGAGACCCAGUUUGUUGAAGUGAAUAAGGUAGAGCUUGCCCAAGUUCUUUAUCCAGCUAUCAAGCCUACUGGUCGUUUUCUUGGAAUUGUUAAGAGUGAACCAGAAAGAUACACUGCAUACGAUGGAGCUUUCACAAGGAAUAAAAUACUGGAAUUUGUAGGCUACAACAAGUUUCCAUUAGUUACAAAGCUGACUGAAAUGAAUUCUAUCAGAGUCUACGCCAGUCCUGUCAAGCUUCAGGUUUUAGUCUUUGCAAACAGUGAUGACUUCAAGAAUCUUCUUGAUCCUCUUCAAUAUGUUGCAAGAACAUUCAAGUCAAAGAUAAUGUUUAUAUAUGUGGAUAUUAACGAUGAGAACCUUGCAAAACCCUUCUUAACAUUGUUCGGUCUUGAAGAAUCAAAAAAUACAGUGGUAGCCGCAUUUGACAAUGGAAUGAGCUCAAAAUAUUUGUUGGAAUCAAAACCAACACAAAGCAAUAUUGAAGACUUCUGCAAUAAGCUUGUGCAAGGAUCUUCAUCACCUUACUUCAAGUCACAACCAAUUCCAGAUAACACUGAAGCAAGUGUCCAUGUUAUUGUUGGGAAAACAUUUGAUGAUGAAAUCUUGAGCAGCAAGAAGGAUGUGCUCUUGGAGGUAUUUACACCUUGGUGUAUCAACUGCGAGGCCACAAGGAAGCAAGUAGAGAAGUUGGCAAAGCACUACAAAGGAUCAAGUAAUCUAAUAUUUGCAAGGAUAGAUGCUUCAAUGAAUGAACAUCCAAGCCUGCAAGUGAAUGACUACCCCACACUUCUGCUUUACAGAGCAGAUGAUAAGGCAAAUCCGAUCAAACUUUAUACAAAAUCAAGUUUGAAAGAAUUGGCGGCAUCCAUCAACAAAUAUCUAAAGGCGAAGAAUGUCAAAGAUGAGUUAUAG